AUGAUGGUGACGGUGGUGGGCGGGUUCCCGCUGUGGAUGGAGCCGGUGAACGAGACGGUGGAGGGCGACGACAUCGAGCACGGGAAGAUCUUCAUCAAGACGCCGAAGUAUAUUCUGCUGCGCACCGUGGAGGUGUGUCUGAUGUCGCUGAUCGCGCUGCUGAUCCCCGCGUUCGGAACGGUGGUGGGACUGAUCGGAAACUUCACGGAUGUGCUGACCACGUUUACGUUCCCCGCCGUCAUGCAUAUCGUGUUCUUUAGAAACAAGACGAGCCAGACGAUUAUGUAUUUGGAUUUGGGACAGCUGGUUUUGUCCGUGGUCAUUAUGAUUAUUUGCACUUCGCUUUCCUUGAAGGAGUUUAUCAGAUCGUAGGCUUGUUACUGUUGCGGUUGUUGUUGCGGUUGUUGUUGUUAUAUGGAA